CAUCUGUGCUCGUGUCAUCGUUUUUUAGCCGGAGCUAGAGACUUCCGAGAAGUAAAGCUGGUCCACACAGGUCUUAUGAAGCACUCAUGAAAUAGCAGAAUCAUCUUUUUAUCCGGACGAGGAAUCGCAGUGAUACAACACGAGCGUCUUGCAUCCGCUCUACAAUUAAGGAAUACCUUUAACGGCGUGCCUUUUUCUGCAUCCUGUCAUUAUGAAGGGAUGAGAGCGGUGGUCUCGUCGAUCAUUGGUUAUUUUUCGCAUUAAAUUCCGCAGUGUUAUCUUUUGAAAACGUUGAAGAGGUGGAUACCAGUGCGCGUGAUCGGACUCCGAUUGAUAGCGCGCGUGUUUCCCAUGGCUCUGUCAUACCAUACUUUUACCAGCAGCGUAUAGAGUCGGUGCUUACUGCCGGCGAAGGUGUGAGGAGAAAACCCGCUUUUGGGGUUUGGUUUUCAUCCUCCUCAAUUGUCACAGCAGUUUGGUGAAGAAAAUCUGCAUCGGCAAGAAAUAACCACCGAGACUGACACUACACCAGUUGUUUCUUAAUGAUAUUUACGGUCAGGAGAGGUGGGAGAUCAGACUGCACGUACUCUUUUCAAGUGCUCGCCGCCUGAGGAACUGUCGCCACGGAGCUGGAUAUGUUCAGACUAACGUAAAGAUGGAUGUUAUCUUUGGUCUUCUGUGGUUUUUGGCCGUACUAUGCAAAGGCGUUUUUUGCCAGGGAGUAUACGCUUCGCCAAAUGUUCGGAUCAUCCACUCCGGUCACGCAUGCAACAUUGAGGAGGAGCGCUACACAGAAAGGGUGUACACUAUCCGGGAGGGGGAGACUUUGGAGCUGACCUGUUUGGUCUCUGGGCAUCCACGGCCACAGAUACGAUGGACCAAGACAGCAGGCAGUGCUACUGACCGCUUCCAGGACUCCAGUGUAUUCAAUGAAACACUGCGCAUAACCCGCAUCCAGCGUCACCAGGGCGGCCGCUAUUACUGUAAGGCUGAGAAUGGUCUCGGCACUCCCGCCAUCAAAUCCAUCCGAGUGGAUGUUUACUAUUUAGAUGACCCCAUCGUGACAGUCCAUCAGAGUAUAGGAGAGGCAAAGGAGCAGUUCUACUAUGAAAGGACAGUGUUCCUGCGGUGUGCUGCAAAUUCAAACCCCCCGGUACGGUACAGCUGGAGACGUGGAAGGGAAUUCCUAUCCCAAGGUUCUGACAAGGGUGUGGAGAUUUACGAGCCUUUCUUCACACAAGGGGAGACCAAGAUCCUCAAGUUAAAAAACCUGCGUCCUCAGGACUAUGCUAACUACACAUGCACUGCCUCUGUCCGCAAUGUCUGUGGUAUCCCUGACAAGAGUGUGCUAUUCCGGCUCACCAACAAAACAGCUUCCCCAACUAUUAAGCUGCUUGUGGAAGACCCCAUUGUGGCCAACCCUGGGCAGACAGUGACCCUGGUUUGCAUUAUCUCUGGAGGGGAGCCAAAACCAACCCUGACUUGGGUACGGAACACUGAAGAGCUUCCAAAGAAGAUUGUGCUCAAUAGUGGAACACUCACUAUACCUACAAUCAGCACUGAGGAAGCAGGUGUUUACAGCUGUGUAGCCAGUAACAAUGUGGGCAAUCCUGCAAAGAAGUCCACCAACAUUGUCGUCAGAGCUCUGAAGAAGGGCCGUUUUUGGAUCACACCUGACCCCUAUCAUAAUGAUGACAACAUCCAGAUCGGCAGAGAAGUGAAGAUUUCCUGCCAGGUGGAGGCCACACCACCCGAGGAGCUGAUGUUCAGCUGGCUAAAAAAUGGUCGCCCACUGCGUAGCUCAGAGCGGAUGGUCAUUACACAGACUGACCCAGAUGUUGCCCCAGGAACCACAAACCUGGACAUCAUCGACCUCAAGUUUACCGACUUUGGCACUUACACCUGUGUGGCCUCACUAAAGAAUGGAGGGAUACCAGAGAUCAGCAUAGAUGUCAACAUCUCCUCCACCACUGUUCCCCCCAACCUGACUGUCCCACGAGGGAAGUCCCCCUUGGUUACUCAAGAGGGGGACACAGUAGAGCUCCAGUGCCUGGUUUCCGGCAAACCCAAACCCAUCAUCCUUUGGUCCCGUGCCGAUAAAGAAGCGCCAAUGCUGGAUGGCAACAUGCAGACUGAAAGCUACGAUGGAGUUCUGCGUAUUGUCAAUGUCUCUCGUGAGAUGACCGGCACUUACCGCUGCCAAACCAGUCAGUACAACGGCUUCAACGUCAAACCUCGAGAGGCCAUUGUAGAGCUCAUAGUGCAGUAUCCUCCUGCUGUUGAGCCGGUGUACACAGAAAUCAGACAGGGUCUGGGCCGUCAGUUUUCGCUGAGCUGUAUGGUCUUACGUGCCCACCCCUCAAGGGUACUAAAGUAUGAAUGGAAGCUGGGCACCAGACUGCUAACUGUGGGUCAGUUCGACAAUCGAGAUGAGACGGAAUAUCACGUGAGGUCACUCAACCGUGAAGGAUAUGGUGCGUACACCUGUGACAUCACCAACGAGGCAGGGGCUGGCCGAUGUACUUUCCUUGUUACAGGCAAAGCCUAUGCACCUGAGUUCUACUAUGACACCUACAGCGCUCUGUGGCAGAACAAGCCUCGUGUCUAUGGCUUCAAACUCCAGUGGACUCAAAUGAAUCCCAAUGCGGUCGACCGUAUCAUGGCCUAUCGACUUGGAAUCAAGCAGACCGGGCCUCAGAGAUGGUGGGAACAGGAGAUCCCAAUAGAAGACAAUAUCCAGAAAGGAGAACUACUCACUUACAACCUCACCGAACUUAUUAAACCCGAGGCCUACCAGGUCCGCCUCACACCAAUAACACGGUUCGGAGAGGGAGAUUCAACGGAAAGGAUAAUUCGCUAUAGUGAGACCAGUCGCGACUCAGCACCAGUGAAUCCUCAUUGGAGUAAGUUUCACUGCAGUUUCGAUGAGGAAACCAUCUGUAUGUUCACUCAAGAUAAAACUGAAGAGUUUGAUUGGACAAGACAUAGUGCUGCCACCAGGAACACUAAAUAUACACCUAACACUGGGCCCAACAGCGACCAUACUGGCUCUAAACAAGGCUUCUACAUGUACAUUGAGACCUCACGGCCGCGUCAGGAGGGUGACAAGGCAAGACUAUUGACCCCAUCUUUCAGUGUUGCCCCAAAAAAUCCUUAUGGGAAUGUGGUCACCAACCCAACUUACUGCGUCAGUUUCUACUACCACAUGUAUGGAAAGCAUAUAGGAACAUUAAAUGUAUAUUUGAGGCAGAAGAGCCAGACAGGUCAGGAUGCUUCUGUGUGGACCUUGAGUGGGAACCAGGGAGACCGCUGGAGGCAAGCCAGAGUUAACAUCCAUCCCACGUCCUCUUUCCAGAUUGUUUUGGAGGGUAUACGGGGUGCUGGUAUUGAAGGGGAUAUUGCCAUAGAUGAUGUCACCAUAGAGGAAGGAGAGUGUCGAGACCCACCACCCAGUAGUAAUAUAAGAUCCCUGGCCGCUCCCACUGCAGUGCAUAUAUGGCAGCUUUGUCUCACUCUACUUUUGGUCUUGCUUGGCCUCCGAAGGUGACCGCAUCACAUGGAGGUGAAAUUCAGCUUUUGGCAUUGAUAGCGAUUUUGGCUGACUCGGACUGCCUGAACACAACAACCAAAGAUUCAUCCCGUCUACACAAAAGGAAUGUAGGUUUUAGAUCAGAGUGAAUGAAGAGGAAGCCAGGGAGGAAAUCUGUUCCUCACUAACACAAUGACAUCUGUAUUACACUGGAGUCCACUCAAGUUCUGGAGGAAAAUCCCAUUACAGUUGUCAGUGUUAUAAAGAAGAAAACAGGUGUAACUGGAUUCUUAUCACAGUAAAGCUUCAGAUACUUAAUAGGGGAAUCUUUCAAAGCACAAAGACAUAACAUGUAUUUCCAUCACUACAUGUUUUUUGCUUUGUUAAAUGUCUGCUACUGUCAUCAAAGACCUCAUUUUGCCACAAUACAUACUGAACAACGUUGAGCUGGUAAAACAGAUAACUUCCAUGGAGGAAAAAAUUACAGUACCAGCAAAUGGAACACAUUUUUUGUUGUGUUUUGUUUUUUCUUUUACUUUCCAUUAACUUACACUCUAGGUGUAUGUCUGAAAAUAUAAGUAUAUCAAAUACAGUGAUGCUUUUGUAGCUCCCUUUACUCUAAUGUUAUUCAUUUGAUGUGAAGAUCAGAGCUCCACAAAUAUGUAUUUUGUUCUAAAGUUGUGUGGGGGUAUGGUCUUGGUCUAAAGUUUGUUUGCGGGUGGUGCAUUCAUAUGUAUGAAUGUACUUCGUGUUUUCAACAAGUCCUGAUAAACCCAUACAGGACAUUAUCAAUUUCACCUGAUUUAUCCACUAUUUUAAUUGCUUUAUUAGAUAUGUUGCCAAACUGCUAUUUAUCAUAAUGUAAUUGACACAAUGAACAUCUCUAUCUCUCUCUCUCUCUCUCUCUCUCUCUCUCUCUCUCUCUCUCUCUCUCUCUCUCACUGAAAA